AGCCCUUUGCCGACGGGAGUACACCGCCGCGCCUCACCAUGGGAGGAUCGCCUGGUACUGCGCUGCUGCUGGUGCUGCUGGCGGCUACUGUUGCUGCAGCCCAGACACGUGAGAUGAGCAGCCAGUGCGAGGUCGACAGCAGGGACCUAACUGAGCCAGACCGCAACAUAUCUCUCCGGACGAUACGCAUGUUGGAGUCGUGGGGUCAGCUGCCCGUGUCUGGUUUGCUGGAGGGCAACACGGCGCUGCUGGGGAACUUCGACGAGUGCCUGGACGCCGGCGGCAAGUACUGCCUGGCCAGCGUGCGUCUGCAACACGUGGCAGCCCAGCAGGACAACGGCUCUGCUUCCCUGGGAGACCCCGUGCGGCAGGCACGGCUGCAGCUGUCGGCCUCCGGCGGCGGCGGCGUGCUGCGCUGGGCGGUCUGCGCUCCCGAGUCCUGCUCGGCGGACGACGCGGCGCUCCUGCUGCGUCACAAACUGCAGCACCUGCUGCCCGCCUCUGGCGCUAACGACACUGCCGUCGACGUGUCGCAGAGUGCUUGCAGCGUGGCCGCCGCACCCCCGUUGGCUCCCAAGGAAUGGGCAUUCUUGUCCAUAAUGCUUCUGGUGUGUGUGGUCGUCACCAUUUCAACAAUUUUUGACGUGGCCGUGGCUGAUACAGUUGGACUGCAGAGAGAUAGUUCUUGGUUAGCUUUCUCGGCGCGCAAAAAUUGGUGUGCCAUCAUGUCCACAAGUCGAGCAGGAUUCACCAGCUUGCACGGUCUCAAAUUCCUCAGCAUGGCUUGGGUAAUGAUGUUCCACACCAACUCUGUGGUCGUCGACACACCGGCUGCCAACUCGAAUCACACGCUUCCGUCGAUGAUGUACGACUGGACGCGCAUUCCGAUUGCGAACGGCGGCAACCUGGCGGUGAACACGUUCUUCGUGGCCAGCGGCCUGCUGCUGAGCUUCACCUUCCUGAGGGAGCGCGCCCGCGGCCGGCCCUUCGGCCUGCUCGGCUUCUACCUGCACCGCUACCUGCGCCUGACGCCGCCCUACGCCGCCGUGAUGUGGUUCUACGCGACGUUGCUGCCCCGCCUAGCCGCUGGUCCGCUGUGGCCUGAGGUGGCGGGGUCCGCCAGCUACCACUGCUCGCGCGGCUGGUGGCGCAACUUGCUCUACGUCAACAACUACCAGAGUAUUCAGGACCUGUGUAUGGGGCAGUCGUGGUACCUGGCGGCGGACAUGCAGCUCUACUGGGCGUCUCCGCUGCUGCUGUGGCCCAUGUUCCGGUGGCCGCGGCUGGGCCGCGGCCUCCUCCUCAUGGCUGUCUUCGGAGCCACCGCUGCCAUGUUCUCCGUCACCUUUGCCCACAAUCUGCCCUGGGCCGACGUCCACGGCCUUACUGAGGACGAAUUCGUGCGGUACAUGUCAAUGAUUUACCUGCCGACGUACUCGAGAAUCGUGCCGUACGUCACUGGCAUGGCCGUCGGCUGGGUACUCUUCAGCACCAGAGACAACAAAUGCGACGCUUCCUCGGUUGCGAUAAGCGCGUGCUGGGCCGCGUCGACGGCCCUGGCGCUGUCCUCGGUGUACGGGCUGCACCUCAGCUACCACAGGCCCUACAGCAGGCUGGAGGCUGCGCUGUUCGCCACCCUGCGGCCGCUCGCCUGGUCUCUGUCCAUCGCCUGGGUCAUCUACGCCUGCGAAAAGGGACGCGCAGGUCCAGUGAAAACCUUCCUGUCGUGGAAUGGCUUCCAGCCACUCGCCAAACUCUGCUACAGUGCGUACCUCGUGCAGUACAUCAUCCUUUUCUACGACCAGGGCGAGACAAGGACGCCAAUUACCUACGGUCGCUACUAUCUCGUACAUAAAACGCUGGGUGACAUGGCACUGACGCUGCCGCUUGCAGCCAUUCUCUCACUGGCUUUCGAAAUGCCCGCUCUCAACUUGGACAAGGCUCUGCUAAGACCAGGAAGCAAAUCGACAUCUGCAGGCAAUACGACAGCCAGGGACAACCAGGCAUUCAGCUCCGAUGAACUGCGGGCGCCUGCGACUAGAAUUGAAAUGGCUUUGCACCCAGCUACGGCCGUCAGCGCCAGGCAAAGGACAUCGCCUUGAUGACUGAUGAUUGGUAACUGCUCACAUCCACAAGCCGAGUCACGGCAAAGGGUCGUCCUCCAUCACAGCGAGAUAACGCUGUUUCUGGCGACAAUACGUCCGUGCUAACAAAUGUAUGCAUCCUUUUGUAAACUAGCUGUUUAUUUACGACACAAGGGUGCGCACAUUACAUUUGAUAUCUUCCCCUAUAGUACGAUGCACAGUGAACACUACAAGUUUGUAUAAUAUUACCUAACACUAAAUUCAGUGUCGUAAGUGUCUGUCAGGGUAUGGAUACCAAGUUGUAUCUAAAUGUAAGACGAGGUUUAGGAAGGAAAACUGUAAUCCUUUUCUCCGUUUAAGAACUCUGUACAUCAAUUUCAUCAGUCUGCAUGAUAUGAAAUGAGUGAAAUAUAUGUGUUCUCAACUAA